GAGUGAGAGAGAGGGGGCAGUGACACUCAGUGACAGAAUAUACUGAAUGCUAUACUCCCUCGCAUGCGCAUACACUUUCUCUUCUCUCUCUGCCUCUAUGUCCUUCUUUCUAAGCAUGUUGGUAAAAGUCAUUCAGUCAAUUUAUCGAGGGUGAAAUGAUUACAGAAUCUCCACAUCGUUUAUCCUCUCUUUGACGAAGAACAAUAACAAAUUAGUCCUUGUCUCAGAAGCCAUCAAGUCUGUGGUUGUGUAUGGACUGUCUUGAGAGGGAGAGGAGGAUCUACACACAACCCUGACCAACGGACAUUUCUCGACAAACUAUCUCUGUAGGAAAUUAGUCCGUUUGUUUCUUUCAGCCGUGGCCAUGUCAUCUCCCUCUAUACCUAUGCCCUCCCUCCCCCCUAGUCCAUUGGCCAUGGAGUACCUGAAUGACUUUGACCUACUUAAGUUUGAAGUGAAGCCCGACACACCUCCUUUGCCUCCUCCCUGUCCACACACCAAAUCUGGCCUUCAACACAACCCCUCCAGCUCUUCUUAUACCAGUCACCCACCUCAGGACUCCAGCCUCAACUCCAGUCCCUAUAACUCUCUUCCCCCUUCCCCAACGCUCAGCGAUGCCCAGCAACCCCCCUCCUCCUCUUCAUCCCUUUCCUCGUCCUCUUCCUCAAUGUCCUUCCCCCUCUCCAUCUCAAACAGCUAUAACUCUGGUAUUAGCACAGGAUCCCAGGGCAAUGUUAAUGGCAACUCCACCCAUGGGGGUGCCCAGGGACCUAAUCCCGCCUCUCUGGAAGACCUUAUCUGGCUGGCUGCGCUGCAACAACAGUUUGGGGGGGAAGCAGGGGGACCUGCGUCCUUGCUUGGGGCACUUGGAGGAGGCCUGGAACGAGGGGACAGAGAAAGGGGUCCAGUCGGAAGUUUCCUGGGCUGUGAGGACACAGUGGAGGCUUUACUUAACUCAGCUGCUGCAGCAGUUAGCUCACAGUUCCCCGCACUCUCCCAAAGCUCCAAUAGUAACCUAGGAGACUCUGGCAGCGACAGUGGAGGUGACAUCUCCUGCGCAAAGGGAACAGAAAUAUGCCAUCGUCCUCUCCUUUUCCUUUCCUCUGCUCCUCCUUCACUCCCAAACACUACCCCCUCCUCAGCCCCCUACCCCCAAACUCCCAGCCCUCAGAGCCGACAUCAUCACCAUCAGCAUCAUCAUCAUCACCACCACCCUCAUCAUCCCAUGCAUGGCCACCAUCAUCACCAUCACCUUCAAUGUGGAGUGGAUGAGCGUUUCUCGGAUGAGCAGCUAGUGAGUCUGUCGGUCCGGGAGUUGAAUCGACAUCUGCGGGGUGUGAGUAAGGAUGAAGUGGUACGUCUUAAGCAGAAGCGCCGUACGCUAAAGAACCGGGGCUACGCCCAGUCUUGCCGCUACAAACGUCUUCAGCACCGCCAUGCACUGGAGUCUGAGAAACAUGUUCUCACACAACAGUUGGAACAGCUACAGAGUGAACUCUCUCGAGUGCUAAGGGAGAGGGAUGCCUACAAGGCUCGCUAUGAGAAACUUGUCAGUACAAAUGAGGCUUCCAAUGCUUGUGCCAACAACCAACCUUCCCCACACCCUGACUACUUCCUCUGAGGGUACCUGAAGGUCACAACAGAUAUGGAAGAAGAUGUCUACCUGAGAAAGGCAAUACAAUUAUAGUAUGACUUGGGGAAGUAAAGAAGAAGGUUGGCGUGUGUGAGUGCAUGUGUGUUUUUGGGUGGAGGUUGGAAAGCCAGGUGGUGGGGCUAUGAUUACAAAACAGGAAAUCCAGCACCCCUGAACAAAUCAGAUGAAACUUAACUUUUAGGGUUAGAAUCCAGCCCUACAGAGCUACUUAAACACUGUGAAAGUGACUGUGGCAGAAUUACUUGAUGAAAUUCCCUGCAGAGAGAUCAAGGUAUUAUGGACAAGGAGAAGAGGAACCAAUUUCUUGGCCCAAGAUCAGAUGCCAUCCUGACCAUUGAAAACCAAGUGCUGCUUUUAAUAGUUCAUAAACUAUAAAUAACGUUAUAAUAUAAUUUGUCCCUCACACAGCACAGGUCUAGGAAGUAUAGUAGUCGUGCUAUUUAUGAAGUGGUAUAGGCUUCGGAAAGUAUCUCUGGCAUGCAGUUAUAAUUUUCCCUUAAAAUAAUUUCACAGUUGCCUCCCAAUAUUUUUCUUCAUAUUUUGUUUUUAACAAAUUGUAUCAGAUUUGUUAUACAGAUAAUAAUUGAUAAAAUAAUGUUCAAGGAUUUGAGGACUUGAGGGUCUAACUGUGUAAAAACGUAGAUCAUUGCAUGUUUUUAGACACUUGAAAUAUGCUGAAAUAUCCAUACUUUUCCUGUAAAAAAUUCCAAUAGUAUGAUAUUUAUCAUGUUAACAAGAACAAGAAUAGUUGCAGUGUGCUAUCUGUGACUGAUGUAUAUUUUCAAGGAUAGGAAUAGAAAUCCCACAAUCCACUGGAUAACCUUUUACAACAUGGAGCUGAUAACUGUGGACUGUAAAGGGAUUGUUAAAAUGAACCUGUAAAAAGACAAGAUGAAGAUGUGACAGAUUUGUGUGACUGUGUGUUGUCUUCUAGCCUAAACAUUCAAUUUGGAAUGUGUUAAGAACACUUCUAUAUAAGCGUGUGACAACCGGAAUGCAAUGUAUUCCACAGAGCUGGUCACUGUGGACGUGGGUGAAAUGCAAAAACAUUUUGAUAUUCAUACAGUGGAGACCUAAGUCAAAUAUCAUGAAAAUGUUACAGAGGUUACAUAAAAUCUAGUUCCAACAAAUCCAAUUCCAGCUGGAUGCAGGUUAAUUCAUUGUUUCAUCUGUUUUAUUAAUUCCUUUAUUUACAGUAUUUAUUCACUGUUUAUUUAUGUACCUUUUUUAUUAUUUUCUUUUAUUGCUUUAGUGUGUACUUUUAUUUCGUGGUAGAUUCAAUAAUUUUCAACUUUAAAAUAGUAGCAUGAUUUACAAUGAUUAAUGCCAUUAUUAUGGUUAAACUCCUAAUGUAGUGUGGCUUACUAUGAAAUAAACAAAAUAUUUUUACCAUC